CUUCCUCUAUAUAAUUCCCCCUCCUCUCCCACCGGUCUCCUCUCCUCUCCUCUCUUAUCGUUCAUCGCCACCAUUCCUCUUUGGCGUUCUCUUCUCUUCUUUUUCCCAAAUCUUUUUAGCCUCCCCUUUUCUUCCUUUCAAACUCUCCACCGAUGGCUAGGGGGAACGGUCAGGCCGACCGGCGCCUUGUCGUGAGCUUCGGGGAGAUGCUCAUCGACUUCGUGCCGACGGUGGCCGCCGUGUCGUUGGCCGAGGCACCGGGGUUCGUCAAGGCCCCCGGCGGCGCCCCGGCCAACGUCGCCAUCGCCGUCUCCCGCCUCGGCGGCCGCUCCGCCUUCGUCGGCAAGCUCGGCGACGACGAGUUCGGCCGCAUGCUGGCCGGGAUCCUCCGCGACAACGGCGUCGUCGACGCCGGCGUCACGUUCGACUCCGGCGCCCGCACCGCGCUCGCCUUCGUCACCCUCCGCGCCGACGGCGAGCGCGAGUUCAUGUUCUACCGCAACCCGAGCGCCGACAUGCUUCUCACCGAAGCCGAGCUCAAUCUGGAUCUCCUCAGAAGGGCUGCGAUUUUCCACUAUGGAUCUAUAAGCUUGAUCGCGGAGCCCUGCAGAUCGGCGCAUCUGAGGGCGAUGGAGGUGGCCAAGGAGGCCGGCGCUCUGCUCUCCUACGACCCCAAUCUCCGGCUGCCCCUUUGGCCGUCACCCGCAAAGGCCAAGGAACAGAUCAUGAGCAUCUGGGACCAGGCCGACAUAAUUAAGGUCAGCGAUGUCGAGCUGGAGUUCCUAACCGGAGAGGCGUCCGUGGAGGAUGAGGUUGCCCUGAAGCUCUGGCGGCCAACCCUGAAGCUUCUGCUGGUCACCGUAGGGGAGAAGGGAUGCAAAUACUACACCAAGGAUUUCCGUGGAACAGUUGGAUCCUUUGUCGUCAAACAGGUGGAUACGACAGGCGCAGGUGAUGCGUUUGUCGGGGCCUUGCUCCGAAAGAUCGUGGAAGACCAAUCAGCUUUGCAGGAUGAGAAGAAAUUGAGGGAAGUACUGAGAUUUGCCAAUGCGUGUGGAGCAAUCACCACUACCAAGAAAGGAGCAAUCCCUUCUUUGCCAAAUGAAUCAGAAGUCGUGCAGCUGCUGGAAAGAGCAUAAAGCAUCAUAAGAUUAUUGCUGGUUCCAUAUGUUCCCUUUUUUUACAACCAUGCUGUAAUUUGAUUUGAAUUUAAGAGCAUUAAGAAGGUUUUUUUUCUUCAUUUUUUCUGUUGGCUCUGAUUUUUCUAUUGGAAGCUUAUUUUGUUC